AUGGCUGCCCCCUCCAGCCAUGCUCUCGAGCUCACCGUGCUCGGCCUUAACAGCGGCACGUCCAUGGACGGCAUCGACUGUGCCCUGUGCCACUUUCGCCAGGAGACCCCCGAGUCGCCCAUGCACUUUGAGCUGCUCAAGUACGGAGAAAUCCCCCUUGAGCAAACUAUCAAGAAGCGGGUCAUGAACAUCAUCCUGCACAACAAGACCUCGCCCUCCGAGCUGUCCGAGGUCAACGUCAUCCUGGGCGAGACCUUUGCGGCCGCCGUCAAGCAGUUCUGCCAGGACUACGAGGUCGACCUCUCCUCCAUCGACGUGCUCGGCUCCCACGGCCAGACCAUCUGGCUGCUCUCCAUGCCCGAGCCAGGUGAAGUCCGCAGUGCCCUCACCAUGGCCGAGGGCUCAUUCCUCGCAUCUCGCACCGGCAUCACAUCCGUGACCGACUUCCGCGUCAGCGACCAGGCUGCUGGCCGCCAGGGCGCUCCCCUAAUUGCCUUCUUCGACGCUCUGCUGCUACACCACCCAACCAAGCUGCGCGCAUGCCAGAACAUCGGCGGCAUCGCCAACGUCUGCUUCAUCCCUCCCGACUCGCACGGCGGCAUCGACGCCUGCUACGACUUCGACACCGGCCCCGGCAACGUCUUCAUCGACGCAGUCGUCCGCCACUACACCAACGGCGAGCGCGAGUACGACAGGGACGGCGAGAUGGGCGCCCGCGGCACAGUCGACCAGGCCCUCGUCGACGACUUCCUGCAGAACCACCCUUACUUCGCACUCGACCCGCCCAAGACCACCGGCCGUGAGGUCUUCCGCGACACAUUAGCCCUCGACCUCAUCCGCAAGGCCGAGGCAAAGGGGCUCACACCCGACGACGUCGUCGCGACAAUCACCCGCGUCACUGCACAAGCCAUUGUCGAGCACUACCGGCGCUACGCCCCGGAGGGCCUCGAGAUCGAGGAGAUCUUCAUGUGCGGCGGCGGCGCGUACAACCCGAACAUCACCAAGUUCAUGCAGGCCAGCUACCCGAACGCGAAGAUCAUGAUGCUCGACGAGGCCGGUAUCCCCGGUGGUGCGAAGGAGGCCAUCACGUUCGCGUGGCAGGGUAUGGAGGCCGUUGUUGGGCGGUCCAUCCCUGUGCCGACGCGGGUUGAGACGCGUGAGGACUAUGUUCUGGGCAAAGUGUCGCCCGGGAAGAACUACCGCAAGGUCCUGCGCCAGGGCUCGCUCUUUGGGGCGGGAAGAGACUAUCUUGCGCCGGUGAGCGAGAUGGUCAACUAUGUCAAUGGGAAGGUGUUUAACAAUAAGUGGUGA